AUGGCUGUCGCAAACGAACCCAGAAUGUCGACGGAAAAGGUUGUAGAUGUGGAGAAGGGAAGCGAAACCCCAGCAACAACGGAUGUCGCAAUCAAAGAAGAAGAUAUUCAGUAUCCAACAGGGCAGAAGCUAGUGUUGCUCAUGGUAGCCCUCUACCUAUGCAUGUUUAUUGUCGCUCUAGACCGUACCAUCAUUGGAACGGCAAUUCCAAAGAUCACGGACGACUUCAAAAGUAUAGGCGAUGUUGGGUGGUAUGCUAGUUCAUAUCUCAUCACCAUGUGUGCUUUCCAGCUCAUCUAUGGCCGGAUUUAUACUUUUUACUCUCCGAAAUGGGUACUGCUCUAUGCGAUUGCAGUAUUUGAGAUAGGAUCAGCCAUAUGUGGGGCUGCGCCAAACUCGGUUGCAUUCAUCAUUGGACGAUCAAUUUCCGGACUAGGGAGUGCAGGUAUAUUCUCUGGUGUUGUCAUCAUCAUGGUAUUCUCGGUCCCACUCGCGAAGAGACCUGUUUAUCAAGGCCUUUUCGGAGCCGUUUUCGGCAUCGCUUCUGUCACAGGACCACUAUUAGGAGGCGUGUUUACGACAAAAGUUUCUUGGAGAUGGUGCUUCUAUAUCAAUCUCCCAAUUGGCGCCGUUGUGGUGGCCAUUGUCAUUCUGAUACUAGACUUACCACCUACUAAAAACAAGGAUUCUUUGAAGGAACAAUUCUUCAAGCUCGACCCUUACGGCACAGCUGUUUUCUUGCCAGGAGUUGUGUGUCUCCUACUUGCCUUGCAAUGGGGUGGUACCGUUUACGCAUGGAAAAGCGCUCGAAUAAUUGCUCUGAUCAUUCUGGCAGCGUUUCUCCUCGUUGUCUUCGCGGUCAUCCAAGUCAAAUCGGGCGAUCGAGCGACAGUCCCAAUUCGCAUUAUAAAACAGCGUAGCAUCAUCGCCGGUGCCUGUUCAUCAUUCAUCAAUGCUGGAUCUAUGAUGAUCACAAUCUACUACCUCCCGAUUUGGUUUCAAGCAAUUAAAGGUUACUCAGCGGUCAAAUCAGGAGUCGAUACGCUUCCCCUUGUUCUGGCUCUCGUAGCAGCUAGCAUUGUUUCCGGGGGGUUGACUGCGAAGACAGGAUACUACACAGGCCAGUUAAUCGCCAGCUCUAUCAUCAGCUCCGUCGGUGCUGGUCUUUUAACCACCUUGAAGGUAAGUAGUCCGAAAUCCACCUGGAUUGGGUUUCAGUUUCUCUAUGGGUUUGGUCUGGGACUCGGUAUGCAGCAGCCUGGCAUGGCUGCGCAGACGGUUCUGGAACAUAAAGAUGUGAUGACUGGUGUGUCCAUCAUGUUCUUGUUUCAGGGUCUUGGAGGCGCCAUCUGGGUUUCCGUUGGUCAAACGGUUUUCAACCAAGCUCUCCUUACGAAGUUCAGCCAUAUCGCCAAUCUCAACGUCGCUCAAAUUGUCAACACCGGUGCUACAGAGAUCAGACACCUUGUCGACCCAGCCAUGCUUCCAGAAGUUUUGGUAGCGUACAAUGGCGCAUUGAUGGAUAUCUUGAAGGUCGCCGCUGCCCUAUCGGCUGCAGCUAUCAUCGGUGGCUUGACAAUGGAAUGGAGGAGUGUCAAGAACAAGAACGGUGCUGGCGUGAAGAAGAACGUGAAAGCUGAAAAGAGCGUUGAGCCAAGCAAUGAGCAGGAAAAUGGGAGUGCGAGAACGAGCAGGAAUAGUGUGGUCGAUCCAGAGCUGAAUGAAAAGCUAUAG